AUGUACGGAAAUAAAAAGAUACACGAAUCAACCUUAAAGUCUUUAUUUGAAAGAGACAUUGAGGAAAUUGAGGCGAUUGAUAUUUCUAGCUUAAAAGAGGUUGGCCAUGAUAAAAGACGAUCAAAUGUCCGGAGUACCAGAGGGUUAUCACCAACAGAACUAAGCUUGUCAGCUUUUGGUGAGGAUUAUCAGUUACAAGUAUCUAAACCGGCAUCCGUGUUACACCCGGAAGUCAAGAUUGUAACCAGGAAUGAAGAUGGCGACCAAGAGUGGAAAGGAAUAAUUCCGGAUUGCUUCUUGGUCGGUCACGUGACUUCACACAACGGAACUGCUUCCCUGUCACAUUGUGAAGGCUUGAAAGGAACACUAACCACGCCAUCUGGAGAUUUUCAAUUGAGAGAACUACCCAAAGUUCACAACAAAAGACUCCAUUUCUCAGAUGAAGAUACCGUUCUUGUGGUUGGUAGAAUGAGACAAAAGAACAACAUGGGAGGGACAGCUGUUGACGUCAGAGGUGACACAAUAUCUUCUACCCUUUAUCAUAUUUUAGAGGAUUGA